GGAUAUGAUGCAGAAUUGAAUCAGAUUGUCAUAUGUCAGAAUACUGCAACAACAAAAUCAGCUGUGCAUGGUGCCCUUGCUCAUGAAAUGGUGCAUAUGUUUGAUUUCUGUAGAGCCAAUAUAGACUUUAGAAAUGUUGAUCAUCUGCUAUGUACUGAGAUACGAGCUGCCAACCUUAUGCAUUGUUCAUUUUUAAGUGCAAUGACAAUGGGCGCUGCAUCUUUAAUUAGGAUACGUAAACAGCACCAAGAAUGUGUGAAGAAGAAGGCUCUUGCAUCAGUUGCAGCUGUGAGAGAUCUGACGCCUGAAGAAGCGCAGGCAGCUUUGGAUAGAGUUUUCACAAAAUGCUACAAUGAUCUGGAACCUUUAGGAAGGCGUCUGAGGCGGAACUCUAGGGACAUAGAAAAAGUGUACAGAGAACGUUAUCUAUAUGGCUAUGGCCAUGUGUGACAAUCAUUAUGAAUUAGGUAAUUGACUUUUCAAAUUGUUUGACCGUAACUGUUUUAGUUUUUCUGUUCAAUGUUAUUUGUAAGUUAUGGAAUUAUGGGAAUUCGUAAAUUGUAGAAACAACUCAUCAAAGAGUGUAUACUCAAUUUUGAUUUAGUUUAAAAUUAAUUUACUUUGCAGUUUAGGCUUAUUCUCACAGGAGCUAACUUUAACUUUAAUAGGU